AUGGCUCUCGGUAGUGAAGUGAAUGAUGAUAAUGCUCCUAAACAGUCUUCACAGAAAGUGAAAAAAUGUCCUGUGACUAACAAUCUUAGCGAAAAAAGUGGCGGUGAUAAUGUUAAUAAAGUCGUUAAAGCCGAGAAAGCGGGAAAGAUGAAAAAGGAUACGGAUGUGAAAAUAGUUAAUUGUAGCAAUGGACACGCCGGAACACCGAACGGUCGCUCUGAUGACGAGGGCGGCGGCAGCGCUUUGCCUCGUGUGUCGUACGCUGCGGCCGCACGUAAAGCGUCUUCCCCACAGGCAAAUACCACACAACAACUACCGCCAAACGCAGAAUGCCCCAAAGGAAAGACUAACAGCGAAAAAACGUUACAAACUCAAACUAAUAAAUUAAACGGUGAAAAAACACAGUCGGAUGAUAGUGAUAGCUCCAAUAAAGAUAAAUUAAUUACCAAAGAACCAAUAUUAAACGGCACUGAGAAUACCAACAUAAAAGUUGUCAAUGGUGACCCGAAGAAUGUUUCCCAUUGUGAUAUUAGUAGUAGUAAAGUAGUUUCUAAUGGUGUUAACAGUGAUUCAGAUGAUACGAAGUCGAAUAGAUCGGACGAAAGUCAGGACGCGGUCGUCCAACAAGAUGCACCGGCUAAGGUCGCUUUACCAAAAACUGGUGGCAAGAAGAAAGAUAAGAAGCUGGCUGAUAAAAAUAAGGCAGAGGAAAAGAAGGUUCUUGUAAAGGCAGAGGAACCUGUGAAGAGCGUUGAGGAAGAUAGCGAUAAAUCCAAAGGGGAUGCCAAAAUGGUUAAUGGAGAGAAAGAGAGGGAAUCAACACCUAGUGAGGAUGCUGAUGAGAAGAAAAGAGAUGCCGAAGUUGUGUUCAUACAAGACUUAGGAUUCACUGUUAAGAUAGUCAGCCCCAAGGCUGAGCCAUUAGAUAUACAGGUGUCUAGCAUGGAGCUUGUCCAAGAGAUACAUCAGGUGCUCAUGGAUCGCGAAGACACUUGUCAUAGAACCUGCUUCUCCCUACAACUGGACGGCGUUACUUUAGAUAAUUUUGCGGAAUUGAAGAACAUCGAAGGCCUCAAAGAAGGCUCAGUAAUAAAGGUGGUUGAAGAGCCGUACACGAUGCGUGAGGCUCGUAUCCAUGUACGUCAUGUUCGUGAUCUUCUCAAGUCCAUAGACUAUGUGGACGCAUACGCCGGCCAGGAGUGCAGCUCGCUAGCCUUCCUAAAUGUCGUCACACAGGGGGAUAUAUUAGAGAAGAAGAAAUCUCGUCCAGAAAGCGUUGACUGCACCCCUCCAGACUACAUCAUGCCCGGUAGUGUAGACCGACCAUUAUUGCCUCUGCAUCCUGGACUCACCAAAGAAAAUAAAGCACCGCAAUGUCUUAAGGUACUAACUACGUCUGGCUGGAACCCUCCCCCCGGCCCUCGUAAGAUGUGCGGUGACCUACUCUAUCUUCACGUAGUCACACUUGAAGAUAGACAUUUCCACAUCACAGCCUGUGCUAGAGGCUUUUAUCUAAAUCAAUCCACCGAAGAAGUGUUCAACCCUCGUCCAUUCAACCCGUCCUUACUGUGUCAUUCCUUAAUCGAGCUUCUAAGUAUUGUGUCUCCCGCUUUCAAACGGAAUUUCGCGUUGGUGCAAAAGAGACGGAUGCAGAAACAUCCCUUCGAAAGAGUCGCCACGCCUUACCAAGUGUACCAGUGGGCAUCUCCGAUGCUUGAUCAUACAGUGGAUGCUAUCAGAGCCGAAGAUACGUUCUCCUCCAAGCUGGGUUACGAGGAACACAUCCCGGGUCAAACUCGCGACUGGAACGAGGAGCUACAGACGACACGCGAGCUGCCUCGGGCCACGCUACCUGAGAGACUGUUGAGGGAAAGGGCUAUAUUUAAGGUGCACAGUGAUUUCGUAGCGGCUGCGACACGUGGUGCCAUGGCGGUUGUCGAUGGUAAUGUGAUGGCUAUAAACCCGGGCGAGGAGCCCAAGAUGCAGAUGUUCAUCUGGAACAAUAUCUUCUUUUCAUUGGGUUUCGAUGUCCGCGAUCACUACAAGGACCUGGGCGGGGACGCUGCGGCGUUUGUGGCACCGCGUAACGACCUCCAAGGCGUCCGUGUAUACAGCGCUGUGGAUACAGCGGGUCUACAUACACUGGGGACAGUGGUUGUUGAUUACCGCGGGUAUCGAGUCACCGCACAGUCUAUCAUACCCGGGAUAUUAGAAAAGGAGCAAGAACAGAGCGUGGUGUACGGCAGCAUUGACUUCGGUACUACAGUGCUCUCACACCCUAAAUAUAUGGAACUGUUAAGCAAAGCCGGUCAACAAUUGAAGAUAAUGCCGCACUCAGUAAUAAGUGCUAACGGUGAGACAGUGGAGUUAUGUUCGAGUGUCGAAUGCAAAGGUAUUAUCGGAAACGACGGCCGCCAUUACAUCCUUGAUCUGUUACGAACUUUCCCGCCGGAUGUCAACUUCCUGCAACUGGAAGACGACGAAUUACGGGAGGAUAUAAAAUCAAUGGGCUUCCCAAUCAUACAUAAGCACAAAUUAUGCUGCCUUAGACAAGAAUUAGUCGAUAGUUUCGUCGAGGCGAGAUACUUCAUGUUCAUACGUUACGCUGCGUUCCACCUACAGCAGUUAAGUGCGAAGCGUCAGUGUAAAACGGAACAGAAAUCUAUAGAAGGCAAAGAUAAAGAUAUUGACAAGAAAGAGGCUGUAAAAGAGACUGAAAAAUUGACUAAGAGAGACAAUAAGAGUCAGGAGAAGGAAAUCAAAGAUAAGAAAAAAGAUAAACAAGAUAAACUAGAUGCCAAAAAAGAUGAUGUUAAUGUUGAUGAUGCUGAAAAUAUAGAUGUUAAUAUUAAAGAAAAGGUCGAUGAACUGCUGCUGAGUGAAAACUACUCCGACAUCGAUACAGACGUCGCCAAAAAGAUCGUUGAGAGUAUCACAGACUCGAUUUGUAGCGGAGGGAAACAAGAGACAGAUUCAGGUGAAGGUUCUCGGGCGGUGGUGUCGUCAGCGGCGCGGGCGGUGGCGUCCCUCAAGGAGUCGGAGUUCGAUGUGCGGUUCAACCCGGACGUGUACUCGGCGGGCAUCAAACACGCGGCCGCGCCCGAACAACUGGCGCGACAGAGACACCUGGUCAAAGAGGCCGCCGCAUUCCUGCUCACUACACAGAUACCCGCAUUUGUCCGUGAGUGUUUGGAGCAUACAUCAGCGCCAAUGGACGGCGCGGGGCUUACUGAGGCGCUCCACGCACGCGGGAUCAACGUGCGCUACCUGGGUCGAGUCACAGUCGCCUUAAAGCCGCACGCCUCGCUCUCAUACUUACACGCCAUAGCUCUGGCAGACCUGCUGCUGAGAGCCGCCAAACAUAUAUACACGCCCUACCUACAGGGCUGUGAAGCGAUGUGUACGAGUGCAGCGGUGGCUCAUUUCCUGAAUUGUCUUUUGGGAGCGUGUCCUAACCCCGUGGCUAGUAUAUGUGAAGCCCCGGCCAAAGCGACUCGCUCUAGAGGACGGAGGUCUAAGAAGAAUCACACUUCAUCCCCACCACCCACACCCGACUGGCAGAACCUCACGCCUAGAACACUGUUCACGCAGAUUAAACAAGAACUUAAGUCCUACUGGGGCUAUGAAUUAAACGCUGAAAAUAUGGAUGUCGUCAUUGAAAAGAAUGGGCUACAAAAAAUUUCUCUGCUCAGAUCCUUUGCACUUAAAGUUGGUCUACAAAUGUUACUACGGGAAUACGACUUCGACAAUAAGAACAAGACCACAUUCUCCAGUUCCGAUAUAAUGAACAUUUUCCCAGUUGUGAAACAUAUUAAUCCAAGGGCGUCAGAUGCUUACAAUUUCUAUACAACUGGACAAAAUAAAAUUCAAUCGGGAGCUGUGUCUGAAGGUCAUGAAUUGAUAGCUGAAGCUCUAAAUCUCCUUAACAACGUGUAUGGGGCUAUGCAUGGGGAAAUAGCCCAAUGUCUCCGCAUGGUCGCUAGAUUGUGUUAUGUGACCGGCGAACAUAGAGACGCCAUGGCAUACCAACAAAAGGCCGUUCUGAUGUCUGAAAGAGUGAACGGUAUUGAUCAUCCCUACACUAUAACUGAAUAUUCUCACUUAGCCUUGUACUGCUUCGCGAACGGUCAAGUGAGUACAGCUCUGAAAUUGUUGUACCGAGCUCGAUACCUCGCACUGUUGGUGUGUGGAGAGAAUCACCCAGAGAUGGCGUUACUAGACAGCAACAUAGCGUUGAUACUUCAUGCGGUGGGAGAAUAUGAAUUGUCCUUGAGGUUCGCGGAGCGUGGGUUACGUGUGACUGCGGCUACACACGGCGCGCGUUCGCUCAAGGCAGCGGUCGCAAGACAUUUGCUAGCAAGGACCCUCUCCUGCCUCGGAGACUUCAGAGCGGCCCUACAACACGAGAAGGAAACAUACUCCAUAUACAAACAACUGCUGGGCGAAAAACACGAGAAAACCCGCGAAUCGUCGGAAUGUCUCCGUCACUUGACGCAGCAGGCGGUCGUCGUACAGAAGAGACUGGCGGAGGCGUUCGCGCGCGGACACCACGCGCACCCCGCGCCGCUACACAUACAGCCGCCCGCCAUGUCCUCCGUUAUAGACAUGCUCAACCUCAUCAAUGGAAUACUAUUCGUACAGAUAAGCCCGCAAGACAUCGAGCAGUUCAAGGCCGAAAUAGAGAAAAGACAGCUCAAGGAUCUGCCCAUACCCGGCCUCGGCGAGGCGAGCGUUAAAGACGCUAAGGAGGCGGAGGGGGCUGAGGGGGGAGGGGAGAGUUGA